GGGCAGAGGGUGUGGGUAGGGAUGGGUGCAGGUGAGUUUCUUCUCUAGGGUCAGGGGUGAGCUGUGAGCAGCUGUCACUGCAGUACAUGAGGCUAUGACAUCCAGUGUCUCCCAGGCAGAUGGACAGCAGGGAGUUUUCUUCUCAAGGUGCUGCUUUCCUUAUUUGUGAACUGAGGGUGGUAGCCGCAGUAAUGAAGGAAGAACGUGGCAGGGUCCAGAAGGACCAUACUCGUGCCCUCGCUUGCCUCCAGGACCACAUGAAUAUGGACAGCCUGGGCCAGUGCCUCGCCUGAUCUGCGAGAGGAAGGGCUGAGCCAGGUUGUCUGUAAGAUCCAGUCCACUCUGAAAGUCUGUAUCUGCACGUGCCUAUUCGUCAUUGAGAAAGGCCUAUUCCCUGUUCCAGGUGCCGGCCCUAUUUGAUGAGGUGGCCAUAUAUUUUUCCGAUGAGGAGUGGGAAGUUUUGACGGAGCAACAAAAGGCCCUCUACCGGGAAGUCAUGAGGAUGAAUUAUGAAACUGUCCUGUCCCUGGAAUUCCCAUUCCCUAAGCCAGACAUGAUCACCCGCCUGGAAGGGGAGGAGGAGUCUCAGAAUUCUGACGAGUGGCAGCUCCAUGGAGGCACCUUUGCAGAUACUGCGAAAAAUGAAGAAUCUGAUGUGAAGCCUUCAGAGUGGGCGAGCCCAGUGAACCCCACCUCGCAGUUUCCUCAGCCCCAGCACCUAGACAGCCUCGGUCUCCGUUUGCCUCGAGACAUCGCAGAGCUGCCGGAGUGGAGUGAGGGGUACCCCUUCUACAUGGCAAUGGGCUUCCCAGGGUAUGACCUCUCGGCUGACGACAUAGCUGGGAAGUUCCAGUUCAGCCGGGGCAUGCGCCGCAGUUACGACGCAGGCUUCAAGCUCAUGGUGGUAGAGUAUGCUGAGAGCACCAACAACUGCCAAGCCGCCAAGCAGUUUGGGGUGUUGGAGAAAAACGUUAGAGACUGGCGCAAGGUAAAGCCGCAGCUCCAGAACGCCCAUGCCAUGCGGCGGGCAUUCCGAGGCCCCAAGAACGGGAGAUUUGCUCUGGUGGACCAGCGGGUGGCCGAAUACGUCAGAUACAUGCAGGCCAAAGGGGACCCCAUCACCAGGGAGGCCAUGCAGCUGAAGGCUCUCGAAAUCGCCCAGGAGAUGAAUAUUCCAGAGAAAGGGUUCAAGGCAAGCUUGGGUUGGUGCCGAAGAAUGAUGAGAAGAUAUGACCUGUCUCUGAGGCAUAAAGUGCCAGUGCCUCAGCACCUGCCAGAAGACCUGACUGAGAAGCUCGUCACUUACCAGCGGAGUGUUCUGGCUCUGCGCAGGGCACAUGACUACGAGGUGGCUCAGAUGGGCAAUGCAGAUGAGACGCCAAUUUGUUUAGAGGUGCCGUCUCGGGUGACUGUCGACAACCAGGGCGAAAAGCCUGUCUUGGUGAAGACACCAGGCAGGGAAAAACUGAAAAUCACAGCAAUGCUUGGCGUCUUGGCUGAUGGGAGGAAAUUACCUCCAUACAUCAUUUUAAGAGGAACGUAUAUCCCUCCUGGAAAGUUUCCCAGUGGGAUGGAAAUCCGCUGUCACCGGUACGGGUGGAUGACUGAGGACCUGAUGCAGGACUGGCUGGAAGUAGUGUGGAGACGGAGGACUGGGGCAGUGCCCAAGCAGCGAGGGAUGCUGAUCUUGAACGGCUUCCGGGGCCAUGCCACCGACUCUGUGAAGAACUCCAUGGAGAGCAUGAACACCGACAUGGUGAUCAUCCCUGGGGGUCUGACCUCGCAGCUCCAGGUGCUGGAUGUGGUGGUCUACAAACCGCUGAAUGACAGCGUGCGGGCCCAGUACUCCAACUGGCUUCUGGCUGGGAACCUGGCCCUGAGCCCAACUGGGAAUGCCAAGAAGCCACCCCUGGGCCUUUUCCUGGAGUGGGUCAUGGUCGCGUGGAAUAGCAUCUCAAGCGAGUCCAUUGUCCAAGGGUUCAAGAAGUGCCACAUCUCCAGUAACUUGGAGGAGGAAGAUGACGUUCUGUGGGAAAUUGAGAGUGAGUUGCCAGGAGGAGGUGAACCACCAAAAGAAUAUGAUGCUGAAGCCAUGACUGUGGGCAACUAAAGGCCGAGUACAGCAAAUGGAACUGUGAUUGAAACAGCUGGGGAGGAAAAGCCUCAAGAAGAUGGUUCCUGAAAGUAGGAUGCACAGGUAAUAGCAGGAAGAGGCCCUGGGCUCUGACCAGCCCGGGUCCGGACAGCAGCCUGGGCUUCCCAUCCUGGAACGCGGCCCACCCUGCCCCACACCCAAGGUGUCAGAAAAGCCGAGGACCCUUCAUUUCACCAGAGACAUGAUUGGAAAAGAAACUGCUUCUGACCUACUUCUUGUUUUGGAAGUUACUCCAUCUGUCCAUCAAAAGAAACCUGUAAAUAUGAAUGAACAAGGUAUUUCCUGGCGAAGAGACCAUUGUUCAACACCAACAAGAGAUGCAUCAUAUGGGCACAACUCCAGUGUUGUCCCUUCUGUGAAGAAAGCCUCAAGUUUUAUUCUGCCUUUGAAAAUGCUUCCAAAAGUAGACCUUGUCCCUACCCAGGUCAAGACUACAGAGAAGGCUUUGUAGAAAUGUGUCACUUAUAUACACCUGCUACUUACACAUUUCCUCUUUUGGAAAAAUGAGAUACUAAUGAUAAUAACAAAAUUAAGACAUACUGGCCUGGUGCCAGCAGAUGGCUUUUCUAUAGACAAACUAGGUUAGUGUGGAAGAUAUAGGUUAAAAUAAACUAUGCUGUUUUAUUUAUCUUCCCAAUCUGGUUGGCAGCUAGACCUUUUUAGGGCCUCGUUUAAUGGCCCUAUUUUUUUCGUUAUUAUAUUUAAUGAUAGGACAGGACUUAGUACACAAGCUCUUCUAUUUCUCAGGCUGCCUGCAGAAGAAGUCAUUAUAAAUUACCUGCUGUUAACAUGGUACAUGGCCCAUUGACUCAUCUGAUACUUGUUUUGUUAAUUUCUUUAAUAUUUUUAUCACGGGGCAGAGGGAGGGUUUGGACCUUUUGCCACAGCUGUUUCUAGACUUCUAAUCUGUCCUGCAGGAAUAGGUAGGAGGUCAUUGAGUUUUUACACCAUAGUGAUUUGCAUUCCCACAGAAGUCGAGUGUUAUGAAAACAUUCCUUCAAAGCUAUCUGUGCUACAGAAGAUAGGCCAGAACCUCCUAGACAAAGCCAUUGCUAGUAAUGUCAUUCCAAUGUCAGAUCUGGAUAACAGGCUGCCAUAACCACUUUUCCUUCCCGUACUCAGCUCACCUGUAUAUUAAACUGUUCUUGGCAUCUCGAAACACCUAUUUCUACUCAGGUACUAAUUUUCCUGUUAGUGACUCACCUUUCUGAUCUUUGUAAACCAGUUUUCCUCACUUAACCUCUAGUAUCUGAAUGACUUUUAACAUUUGAAUUAUUUCCCCGUUUGGUUUUAUCUGUACUGUAUUCUUGGUCAUCUCAAAUGGCAUUGUAAACCCAGCUUUCCAUUCCAGAUGUUUCCAUUCCUUCUGAUUCUACCUAAUUUUUCAUCCACUGUUGUAAUUGCUGGUCCUUUCUUCUUUGUGUCUUAUUUUUCUUGCUUUGGGAGCUUAAGAGAUUUUAUAAGACCUAAUUUUGGGUUCCUGCCUUGGAGCCAUAGAUAUCCUGCCAAGAAGAGUAGAAAAUGGGUUCUCCUGUUUCACUCCACCAACACCUCCGUGAGUCUCAUCAUCAGCCGAGAGAUGAUGCCUUACAGGUUGCAUAGCACUGGAACUUUCCUAGAGUGAUGGUUGUACUGUCAGGGUUUUUCUGGGCUCAUUGUUCCACUGACUUAAUUAUGAUCUAUGCCUAACAGAGCCCCAGUACAACUAUUUUGCAGAACGGCUAUUUCCCUAGAAUUUCUAUAGCACAUAUUGAGACAUAGUUGUACUCCUUAGUAGAUAGGAACUGACCCCAACAAUAAACUUUGAUAAUAAAGACAA